AUGGGUGCAUCAAUCUCUCAAUUUUGGCAACAUAUAUUUGGUCGCAAACUAAUCAAUAUAUUGAUAGUAGGAAAUGAUUAUGCUGGAAAAACCACAAUCCUUUACAGACUAAACCUUGAAAACACUCUUACAGUAAAAAUUCCAAUAAUGGGAUUCUGUAUUGAGCAAGCGACAUACCAAAAUAUUACAUUUACUGUUUUUGAUCUUUAUCCUGAAAAAUUUAGAUCAGUGCAGAGACAAUAUUAUGAAAACGUUCAAGGGAUAAUAUUUGUUGUAGAUUCCAACGAUGACGUAAAAGACUGUUAUGCAAGGGAAGGACUAGAUGAUUUGUGUAAUGAAAAUCAACUUAUAGGUGUCCCUAUAUUAAUAUUAGCUAAUAAACAAGAUUUACCUAAUGCUAUGAAUGUUGAUCAAAUCAGAGAAAGAUUAGGACUUGAUUUGAUAAGAGGAAGAAAUUGGCAUAUUCAACCUGCUAGUAUAAUUAAUAAUCAAGGGCUAAGAGAAGGAUUAACUUGGCUCUCACGGACAAUUUCACAUAAAAAAUAA